AUGUUCGUGGGGACGUGGAAUGUCGGAGGGAAGUCACCGAACCAAAGGCUGAACUUGAGGAAUUGGCUGACGUCUCCUUCACCAGCUGACAUCUAUGUUAUUGGGUAUGCUUUUGGUCACUGGAACAAGUAUAAAUGGUUUCACUCUAAUUUUUCACGCAUGAUUAUUGAUAGGUUCCAAGAAAUUGUACCGCUAAAUGCAGGGAACGUGCUUGGGCCGGAGGACAGUGGUCCAGCAGCGAAAUGGUUGACCCUUAUUGGUCAAGCCUUGAACAGCAACAAUUUCUCGGAGUUCCUCUCUUUAGAGGACGAUUUGGAUAAUGGAGAAAGGUCUCCUACGAGUCCGCGACGCUAUUGCUUAGCUGCAAGCAAGCAAAUGGUAGGUAUCUUCUUGUCCGUGUGGGUACGAACUGAUCUUUGCGACCAUAUUAGCAAUGUGAAAGUGUCAUGCGUUGGCAGAGGCAUCAUGGGCUAUCUUGGAAAUAAGGGUUCAGCAUCAAUUAGCAUGACAUUGCACCACACCACGUUCUGCUUUGUUUGCACCCACUUGGCCUCUGGGGAGAAAUUUGGUGACGAGUUGCGAAGAAACAUGGACGUCUCGGAAAUCUUGAAGAAAACUAAAUUUUCUCACUCGUUUAAAUCCCUUGGUCAACCACUCCGUCCUGAAAGCAUACUGGAACACGAUAAUGUCAUUUGGCUUGGGGAUUUAAAUUAUCGGCUUGCUGCUGGCUACGAUGAUACACAUGAACUAUUAAAGAAGAAUAAUUGGCAGGCAUUACUAGAGAAGGAUCAGCUAAGGAUAGAGCAGAAAGCUGGACGAGUAUUUGAAGGUUGGAAUGAAGGGAACAUAUAUUUUGCUCCCACAUACAAAUACUUGACCAAUUCUGACCACUAUGUUGCCCAAACCUUCAAAUCUAAGGAAAAACGACGGACCCCUGCUUGGUGCGAUCGAAUUCUGUGGAAAGGGGAAGGGAUCAAUCAAAUGUGGUAUGUUCGAGGUGAAUCAAAAUUCUCGGAUCACAGGCCCGUGUAUUCACUAUUCUCUGUUCAAGUGGACAUGACAAGCAAGAAUCUCGCUCCUUCGGCAGCCACUAUGCCCAGGUCCUGCCCCUUAAAACCGUUGACUAAUGCUGCGUUGUCAUCGACUUGUUGCGCUGCUAAAGUGCAGGUUGAAGAGCAGCUCUUACUGCUAACGAGGACACAAAGUUGCAUUGACUCCGUACCCAGAUAG